UGAGUGGUACCAAUCAGCACCUCAGCCGCCGUCAGUUAGCGGAUCGGUGAUCGGCGAUCGAUCCAUUAACAAUGGAAUCGUUUUGCCGAAAACAUCCAACGUCGCCAGAUCAAAUUCUCUGCGUAGUCAAGCCCACCGAGAUUGAGACGAGACCACAGAAGCAAUGCCAAUCUACUACCGCCUUCAGUCCCCGAGGAACAGGUCGUCCUGUAUACGUCCAUGAGAAGGGAUCCAAGCAUAGGCAAGCCUCAGGUGGUGAGAGAUAGUUCGCCAGCAGAAAGAUCUAUCAGCAACCACGAGAUGAACAAUGCGUAUGCCAACGGGAACGUCGUGCUAUGUCUGAAGCACAUCAUGCUUACCUGUCACGAGAACAUCCUCAAAUUUCGCCAUCUGGCUCGAUGGUAUCGGGUCCGCCACCACCGUCGAUGGUGAUGUCGCAUA